AUGGCCUCAAUCCUGCAGAAGCUUAUCACCCCACUGUUCAGCGGACCUCCUGAGCCCCCCAGGAAUAAAGUGACAGUGGUGGGCGUGGGACAGGUUGGCAUGGCCUGUGCUGUCAGCGUCCUGCUCAGGGAGCUGGCUGAUGAACUGGCCCUGGUGGAUGUGAUGGAGGACAAGCUGAAAGGAGAGAUGAUGGACCUGCAGCAUGGAAGCCUCUUCCUCAAAACUCCUACAAUUGUUGCAGACAAAGACUACUCUGUUACGGCUAACUCCCGCAUCGUGGUGGUGACUGCUGGUGUUCGUCAGCAGGAGGGAGAGAGCAGGCUGAACCUCGUCCAGAGAAACGUCAACAUCUUUAAGCACAUCGUCCCCCAGAUUGUCAGAUACAGCCCUGACUGCAUCAUCAUUGUGGUGUCCAACCCAGUUGAUGUGCUGACUUAUGUAACCUGGAAACUGAGCGGCCUUCCCAAGCACCGGGUCAUCGGCAGCGGCACCAACUUGGACUCUGCACGCUUCCGCUUCCUGAUGGCCGAGAAACUGGGGAUCCACUCGAGCAGCUUCAACGGCUGGAUCCUGGGAGAGCACGGAGACACCAGCGUGCCUGUGUGGAGCGGAACCAACGUGGCCGGAGUCAACCUGCAGACAUUAAACCCGGACAUCGGCACAGACGCCGACGAUGAGAACUGGAAGGACACUCACAAGAUGGUGGUUAACAGUGCCUAUGAGGUGAUCAGACUGAAGGGUUACACCAACUGGGCCAUCGGUCUGAGUGUAGCUGACCUGACAGAGAGUCUCAUGAGGAAUAUGAACCGGAUUCACCCUGUAUCCACCAUGGUGGAGGGCAUGUACGGGAUCAGUGACGAGGUGUACCUGAGUCUGCCCUGCGUGCUGAACAGCGGAGGUGUGGCCAGCGUGAUCAACAUGACCCUGACAGAUGAGGAGGUGGGCCAGCUGCAGGCCAGUGCCAACACACUGUGGGACAUCCAGAAAGACCUGCAUGACAUCUAACUGACCAGCAGGGGGCAACGUAGCUGCAGCAUCCCGGCUGCUCAUCGCCUCCAGUAAAAUCGCUCCACAGUCAGUAAAUACCAGACAGCUUCCACACCUUCCACACCUUCAACCCACCGCCCUCUGUAGAUGUUCAGGCAUAGGACGGGGGUUUGAUCCCAUCAGAUGUAGCUGUAGGUGUCAGUUUGUACACUUCUGCUUGCUGGAGACAAAAUGUGACAUCAGCUGAGUGAAAUGCUGCACUGACUCAUUUGUCCUCGACUGUGUUCAGUCUGUGUUCACUGUGUCACUUGUGUUGCUUCGAUGUCCA